AACAAUUCUGGCCACUCUCAAGUCUCCACCUUGUUAAAGAAACAAUGGAAGACAACACGCCUGCAAGCUUCGUCGACCAGUUAGUGGUUCCAGGAGAUGUGGUUCUUGAUCUAUCAAAAAUGGGUAACCAGACCAUCAAGCUUGGAGGCGGUCUCCAUCAGGAUUGUGAUGCUAUUACUGUCACGAAAGCGGGGAGGCUAAGGUUCUCAAAGCCCAAUAAAUAUUGGGUGGAAAGCUCCCAAAAGAGGUAUGUGCCAUGCGUGGAGGAUACUGUUCUUGGAAUUGUGGUAGAUUCUAAAGCAGAUAAUUUUCUUGUGGACAUCAAAGGACCUGCAUUGGCAUUUCUGCCUGUGCUUGCAUUUGAAGGAGGAACAAGGAGAAAUAUACCCAAGUUUGAGGCGGGUACAUUGCUCUAUGUUCGAGUGGUCAAGGCAAACACAGGCAUGAAUCCUGAGCUUUCAUGCACUGAUGCCAGUGGGAAAGCAGCAGAGUUUGGCCCCCUUAAAGACGGCUACAUGUUUGAGUCAUCAACAGGCCUAUCACGAAUGCUGCUGAGCUCACCAACAUGUCCAGUCCUUGAGGCUCUUGGGAAGAAGCUUUCCUUUGAGAUAGCAGUUGGUUUAAAUGGCCGGGUUUGGGUAAAUGCCUCAUCUCCAUCUACAGUCAUCCUUGUUGCGAAUGCUAUAAUGAAUUCCGAGUCUUUGAGUGUGGUGCAGCAGAAAAUCAUGGUGGACAAACUGCUCCAGAGAAUUCAGUGAUCAAGAUCUUUUCAUAUUAGGUUUCCAUGAACUUAUCUCAUACAGAAAGUGAAGUAGUGGUGGAAUGAUACCAUCCGGGCAAGAGACUCCUUAUUGCUUGGGAUGUGAUUCUUGAGGUACACCGUUCAACUGUAGUGUCAAUUGAGAAAAAUCCUAGAGUUCUGAGCCUUCUUUUGAUAAGAAACCUGCCCAUUUUUGUUUUAUUCCUUGUGGUGGUGUCUUUUUCCAUAGGACAGACAACAGUCUAUGAAUGUGUAAUCCUGUGAUGCCUGCAUCAAGAAAAUUGAUUUGAAGGCUGAUUAUAUAUAGAGCACACUUUUUAUAUGACAAUUUUUAAUUUUUAAUAUUUAA